GUCUCAUUACUUUGUCCAAGCGAUAUCAGAAGCUCGUUUUGAUGGCUUUCCAACACGAUGGCAACAUUGAAAAAGGAAGCACACAGCUUUUGUGUCAGCUUUUGUGUCGGUCUACUACGCAGUACGGUAAGGCUGACACUGACGUAGUCUGAACCCAUCUGACUCAAAGCAAAAUCAGGUAUUUUCGGAAUAACAUUGGCUCUGCCGGGAUUUCCCUGGUCAAUGGUCAUUUGACCUGACUGUGACCCUAAAGUCUGUGUCAAGGUCAUGUCCCAGAGAGCUAAGCGAAAGACUGCCAUGAUGACUGCUGAGGUUGUGCCCGGUCCAUCCACGACCGCGCUUGAACGUACUGUAAAGGAAGCUGUAAACAUCGAGAUAUCUCCAGAAAAGAAAGCCAAAGUUUCAUCAGGGGAAUCAAGUUCUUCUGGUGAAGAGAAAAGUCCAGAAGAAAUUCAGCUUUAUAUGGAGGAAACAUUUGACAUUCGACGAACAUUUAUUACCAUGGAAAUGCCCACUGUGGCAACGUUAAAAGAGACUUACCCCCAGCUAUUUCAGGGGAGACAAAUGCUAGCCGAAUUCCAGCGUGUGACAAAUAUAGAUAUAGACCACACCAUUCAAGAGUACUGUGUUAAGUACGCUAACGCAAUAAUUGACAUCGCCAAGCACGUGUCGGGGUCCAACCCAAUCCUCCGCCAGGCGGACACCAUCAAACAACAGAAUGCAGCAUUAAAGCAGUACUGGGACAUGGUGACAGCACUGUGUCUGGUACCGCUUCUCCUCAAGGAAAACCUUGUAGAAAUGGUACGUGAGAUCGGGGAGGAGGACACUGUGGAUCCCAAAGGGAAAAUCGUCCCAAUUCUUGUGUCGAAAGGUCCACUGUUCCACAGUGACGAGUUUGUACUGGUCGUUGAGGAAGAGAUCGUUCAGGAGUUCGAGGAAUUUACUAUCGCUUUUGCUACACUGUUUGCAUCAUACUGGGUCUUCAACAUGCAAUAUCCAAAGACUCUCCAUAACACCUACAAUUUCAUGCAAAAAUCGGUCCUGCAACUGAGGGAUGGGUCUCCCCUUCCCCCUCCAUGUAAACAAUUGGUGCAGCGCCUACAAAAGGCUGGGGUUCCUGGACAACACAAGGGGAAAAACACAAGAUAAGUUUCACAGAACCAAAGUUCCAAACACGGACCUCACCUAACCACAGAUCAUACACGUUUCUCUCAUACAACUCACAAAAACAAAAGUCAAACCACGAGCUUUUAGAUCCACCGGUCAUCCCACGGAUGUUUUCCACAUACCUCGCCAUACAUUUAGUCAUACAAUUUCUUCUUAUAACCACAGAUCUGACCUUGCAAUCAUGUCAUACCACAAUCUCACAAAACCACAGGUUAUAUCACACAGACAUAGUUCACACCGCAUACCUCAAAGAACAAUAAGGUAUACACGAAACUAUUGGUCAACCUACGACCUUGCCGCAGUACAGUUCAUAUAACAAAUCCCAAAACACCAAUAGGUAGGUCAUAUCACAGACAUAAUGAAACCAUGGGUUAUAUAUAUACCAUGACCUUACAAAACCAAAAGUCAUACCACGCUGCUAAAGGUGAUAUCGCAUACCUCACAGAAAAUAAGUUCAUACCAAAACCGUAGAUCACAACCUCAAUGAACAAAAGUCAUAAUACCUCAGAAGUCAUAUCACAGACCUCAUAACCAUGGGUCAUACCAGACGGUGUCAGAAAACCCUAUAUUAAACCACACACCUUACAAAACCAUAGCUCAUACAGAACCACAGGUCAUACCACACAGUAGUCCCAAAGUAUAAACAUAGUCCUGCAAGUAACUAACGGAGCCUUUAUUUAACAUCAA